AUGAAGGCCGGAGUAGCCGCCCUUGCAGCCGGGAUCCUCGGCGGCACCGGCAUCCUCCUCUUCCUCCUCGCUUUCGGCACGGAUUACUGGCUUUUAGCUACGGAGACCUGUGGAGUUUUCGAGCGUGAGAAUAAAACCCUGGGGACCGGCGAGGCUGAAAUACCGACAGAGGUCAGGAAGGAGAUCCUCACUUUCCAUCACGAGGGCUUCUUCUGGCGGUGCUGGUUCUUCGGCGAGGGCCACCCAGAGACCAUCUGGACCUUCUGGUACACCAGCCAAGCACACCCCAAGUUCUGCAUGCACGGCUACCUCUUCCCCAUGCCCAUCGCCCUCGGACCUUUCCCCCAUCCUUCCUACGACACGACUGCAGUCUACAGAGGCUUUUGGACGGCGUUCAUCGUGCUGGCGGUGGCCGCCGGGCUGGUGGGAGGGCUGCUGCUGGUCUGCGGCGUGCCCUUCGUCAGCCCCAGGUUCUACAAAGUCGGAGGCGGAUUCCUCCUGGCCUCGGGAAGCUUAUUUCUCCUGCUCGUGUUUCUCUUUGUGAUGUGGAAGGAGUUUGCUGCCGAUUUCCAGAAGUACAUCCUGCUGGAGAGAAGCGAGAAGUGUGCGGACGCCGUGCCCGUGCACGUGUUCUACGGGUGGUCCUUCAUGUUCGCCGCAGCCGGGGUGCCCCUGGUUUUGCUUUCCGGACUCCUCUUCUACCUGGUCGGCAGAGACAUUAUGAAAUCCCUGGAGUAA